GUGUAUAAAGAUAGGUGCCAAGCCAGAGGCUGAGCAAAAGCAAAUGACUGCAGCAAAUGGCAAAGGGGCAAUCAGAUCCCCGCUGCCACCUCUUGGGAUGGAGCCCUGAGGAGCCUGUGCUUCCCGCACCCUGGCUGGACUCACAGCCUCCUCCAUGCACUGAAGCCCAAGGCUGUGCAGCAGCCUCUCUCCUUGGACCUCCGCUGGGCCCCGGAGGGACCGGGCAAAGCCUCUGGGACCAUGGUUGGACUGAAGCCUUCAGAGGUGCCUCCCACAACAGCUGUGAAGUUCCUGGGGGCGGGCACAGCGGCCUGCUUUGCUGACCUCCUCACCUUUCCACUGGACACAGCCAAGGUCCGCCUGCAGAUCCAGGGGGAGAACCGGGCAGCCCAGAUGGCCCGGAGCAUGCAGUACCGUGGGGUGCUGGGCACCAUCCUGACCAUGGUGCGCACCGAGGGCCCCCGCAGCCUCUACAGCGGGCUGGUCGCUGGCCUGCAGCGCCAGAUGAGCUUCGCCUCCGUCCGCAUCGGCCUCUACGACUCUGUCAAGCAGUUCUACACCCCCAAGGGAUCGGACUACUCCAGCAUCACUACCCGGAUUUUGGCGGGUUGCACCACCGGGGCCAUGGCGGUGACAUGUGCCCAGCCCACGGAUGUGGUGAAGAUCCGAUUUCAGGCCAGCGUGCACGUUGGGCCCGGGAGCAACAGGAAAUACAGCGGGACAAUGGAUGCCUACAGGACCAUCGCCAGGGAGGAAGGGGUUCGGGGCCUGUGGAAAGGAGUUCUGCCCAACAUCACGAGGAAUGCCAUCGUCAACUGUGGUGAGAUGGUUACCUACGACAUCAUCAAGGAGAAGCUGCUGGACUACCAGCUGCUCACCGACAACUUCCCCUGCCACUUUGUCUCUGCCUUUGGAGCUGGCUUCUGUGCCACGGUGGUGGCCUCCCCAGUGGACGUGGUGAAGACCCGGUAUAUGAACUCACCCCCAGGCCAAUACCACAACCCGUUCGACUGUAUGCUGAAGAUGGUGACCCGGGAGGGCCCCACAGCCUUCUAUAAGGGAUUUACACCCUCCUUUUUGCGUUUGGGAACCUGGAACGUGGUGAUGUUUGUCACCUACGAGCAGCUGAAACGGGCCUUGAUGAAAGUCCAGAUGCUACGGGAAUCUCCGUUUUGACUAAGACAAGGCCACUUGGUACCUAGCUAGGACAAAACCAGUUAAGGACAGAAUAAAGCAGUGGGUCCACGCACACAAGGACAUAGACCCACACCUAUUUACAGAACUGUUCACUUGCUGCUAACUCAAGAACUAGAAGAGGAGGAAGGACUCUGGUCUUCAGUGCUUUGUCUUAAGAACACCUUUGUUUUGCACUGACAAGAUGGAAAAUAAAUUAUAUUAAUUUGUGAAACCCA